GGGAGAGGAAGCGGGGGGAUGAAGGCCGGCCUGGUCGCCUCCCUCUCCGUAUAUAAACUGCAAGCGAGGCAUUUUUCUUCCUCUUUCUGUUACCUGGCAAAGGGGAGCAGCUGCUGCGGAGUAAUCGCUGAACACUGAAACUUAAGCAAUCAUGGGAAAGGAAAAGACCCACAUUAACAUCGUGGUUAUCGGCCACGUCGACUCCGGCAAGUCCACCACCACCGGCCAUCUGAUCUACAAAUGCGGAGGAAUCGACAAGAGAACCAUCGAGAAGUUCGAGAAGGAAGCCGCCGAGAUGGGCAAAGGCUCCUUCAAGUACGCCUGGGUUCUGGACAAACUGAAGGCCGAGCGUGAGCGUGGUAUCACCAUCGACAUUGCCCUCUGGAAAUUCGAGACCAGCAAGUACUACAUCACCAUCAUUGAUGCCCCUGGACACAGAGACUUCAUCAAGAACAUGAUCACUGGUACCUCACAGGCUGACUGUGCUGUGCUGAUUGUUGCUGGUGGUGUUGGUGAGUUUGAGGCUGGUAUCUCCAAGAACGGACAGACCCGUGAACACGCCCUCCUGGCUUUCACCCUGGGAGUGAAGCAGCUUAUCGUUGGAGUCAACAAGAUGGAUUCCACCGAGCCCCCAUACAGCCAGGCUCGUUUUGAGGAAAUCACCAAGGAAGUCAGCGCUUACAUCAAGAAGAUUGGCUACAACCCUGCCACCGUUGCUUUUGUCCCAAUUUCUGGCUGGCACGGAGACAACAUGCUGGAGCCCAGCUCAAAUAUGGGUUGGUUCAAGGGAUGGAAAAUUGAGCGUAAGGAGGGUAAUGCUAGCGGUACUACUCUUCUGGAAGCCCUGGAUGCCAUCCUGCCCCCCUCCCGCCCCACAGACAAGCCCCUCCGUCUGCCCCUGCAGGACGUCUACAAAAUUGGAGGUAUUGGAACUGUACCCGUGGGCCGUGUGGAGACUGGUGUCCUCAAGCCUGGCAUGGUUGUGACUUUUGCCCCCGUCAAUGUGACCACUGAGGUCAAGUCUGUGGAGAUGCACCACGAGUCUCUCCCUGAGGCUACACCUGGUGACAACGUUGGUUUCAACGUGAAGAACGUGUCUGUGAAGGACAUCCGUCGUGGUAACGUGGCUGGAGACAGCAAGAACGACCCACCCAUGGAGGCUGGCAGCUUCAACGCUCAGGUCAUCAUCCUGAACCACCCUGGCCAGAUCUCUCAGGGCUAUGCUCCAGUGCUGGAUUGCCACACUGCUCACAUUGCCUGCAAGUUCGCCGAGCUCAAGGAGAAGAUCGACCGUCGUUCUGGCAAGAAGCUUGAGGACAACCCCAAGAACCUCAAGUCUGGAGAUGCUGCCAUCGUUGAAAUGAUCCCUGGCAAGCCCAUGUGUGUGGAGAGCUUCUCUACCUACCCCCCUCUUGGUCGUUUUGCUGUGCGUGACAUGAGGCAGACCGUUGCUGUUGGUGUCAUCAAGAGCGUCGAGAAGAAGGCUGCUGGUGCCGGCAAGGUCACCAAGUCUGCACAGAAGGCUGCCAAGACCAAGUGAAUUCUCCUCAUUCCAGCUGUUCCAAAGGUCGUGGGGUGUUCUGCCCUGCCUUCUGGAAUCUUUCUAAACCUGGGCACUCUACUCAAGGACUGGCUAAUGCUGAUUAAAACUCAUCGGAAAAAUUUUCGCAGGAAAGGAAUCCAUUAUGGAUAACUGUGUGGCUUCAUUAUCGAGUGCCUCUUUUCAGUUGUUAAUUUGAGUUGAAUGGUUGCUUUAGAACUGCACCUGUUGCCACAGAUAAAAUUGGAUGGAAGCUGCCGAGAAAACUAAUAAAUGUAUUAAAAAAUUGCA